AUGUGGUCCACGCUGUCCUCGCUGCUCGCACUACCACUCUUGUGCCUAAUCUCCCUCCCACUCAUCCUCUCAGCAUGGAUAACAAUCUCCCUCGCAUUCUUCGCUCUAGUCCUCCGACUAUCAAUAGUCUACCUCGAGCUAGCCUUCGGACUGAUAAAGCAUUUCUUCUCGAUCCCAACAUCAUCCACAUCCUCAUUACUAGCAUUCACAGCCUCAGAACCACCAACACCAGCAACAGGUAGAUCAAGACGCAACUCCAGCCAACCUGCACUCCACCCACACAAAACGCAUAACGACACUCUCACAUCCUGGGCCCUUACAAACCAACCCGACCCAACCCGUAAAAAGACCUACGCAAAAAGCAUGAUCGAAGCCCACAACCUCACUUCCACACCUGGCUUCCCCCGCCUCCCGAUAAGCGGCGACGAAAGACGAGAUUUCGAAGGCGUAGGCGGCUGGCGCUCCUACAAACGCAAAGCAAAAAGCCUGCGAGAAAAACCAGACUUCUCCGUAUCGUCUUCUUCAACACGUAGCACAAGCGCAGACGUCGACGAAGACGCAGAAGCAGAAGCAGACGAGCGAGCCUGGCUAUCCCUAAACCACAGACUCGAACUCCCCUCCCAGCUCGUCACACUGGGGACGAGUCAGCACGCCAGUUCCCGGAAUAGUCCGGACACGGAUUCGCGAGCAAACUUCCCUGAACAUCAACAGCGGGAUGCUCGCAGUGCACAGCGACACCACCACCGCUCGCUAACGACUUCGUCGCUCAUGACUUCUGAUCGGCGAACGGGGACGGGACUCUCGCUGGCGCUGUCGACGAGACCUGACUCGGCUGGUCUGCGUGGACAGAGGCUGGCGGCGCCGUUUAUGACGCCGCAGCCGUAUGGGAUGUUUUCGGCUUCGCAGCGUGGGCCUGUGCGGGCUUUUGCUGCUACUGGUGCGCUGUCUACGGGGUUCCAUGUCUCGGGUUGCGGGGAUGGGAUGGGGUAUGGUAGUGGGGGUGGGUACUUUGCGUUGAGACGGCCUGGGUCUUCGAGUCAGGUUGGCUCUAGGAGGGGGAGUCCUAGUGCUAGUGGGUAUACGACGCCUGGUGCUGGGUUGUCGGGUGAAGAACGCGAUGCGUCAUCGUUGGGGCUGGCGAGGUUGAUGGCGCAUUAUCCUACGAGUCCUAGGCAUCGGAGACAGAGUAUUUCUGGGCCGAAUUUGAGAGGUGGGGGAGCUUGGUGGGAGUUGAUGAGGGUUGUUCCAUUUUCCUUUUUGGGGUUGCAAGAACCUGCACAUAUGAUCAGGAAGAGAGGCAUGAUUUGA